AUGACUCGUUUCUUCCAACUCCUUCCAUUCUUUGGACUCCUCGCACUCUGUGCCGCCCAAGAGGACUCGGGACUCUAUGUCAAUCGGAUCAAGAUUGAGACCUUCACCAACAAAGCCGGCAAUGACAAGAUCUUCACCUACUAUGUCAAGGAUAGUUACGAUCAAGUUCAAGUAGACAAUUUCAAGACAGCCGCCGAGUCUAUUGGAUACCUUUAUGAGGAUGAUUAUGCUGCUGACACUGUUUCGUGUACCACCGCCGAGUGUCCAAAGCUGAGAAGAAUCUACGAGCAUACCACUAACCUCAAUGGAAAAGUUACCACUCGCCUCAUCGACUCUGCCUUGAAGACUAGCACCGCCGCCACCACCGCCAAGCCAAUCGGAUUCGUCGCUCCAUACCCAGGAUACUGUAGCUCCAACGAUCUCGUCCCGAUCAUUGAGAUGUACUCAGAUGCUUUGCAACAAUACGCCUACUGGUCUAAGGCGCAACCAAACCAAUUGGUCAACAUCGCUUCCACUACUAUCGACACUUCAAGAUACAACCCAACACGUCUCGUUGGAUACGCCCUUUCUGGAGAAACAGAUAGACUUGUUCUCUCAAACGCCGCUCCGGACUUUGUGAAGCCGAUUGGAAAAGCUAACUACACCCAUUCAUUCUACCCUGCCUACCAACUUGUUGAAUUUACUUCUGGAAACAACAAGUAUACCUUAGGUGCUCCACCAUCUAUUGACGCCUAUGCUGCAAAACCUGGAUUCAUUCCGAAGAACACUGGAAUUUUUGUUAUCGGAAAAGGGAUAUCCGCCGACUUAACAAGAAUGAGCGCAGUCUGCGGGGAACUCAUGCCCCUUUAUGUAGCAAGUGACUCUGCAAAAUCAUACGGUGUUUUGAUCGCCCGUGGCGUCGUGGCUCCAAUGCAAGCUAUUGCUCAGGGCGGAUGGACAUUCAAGAAGAAUGUACCAGCAUGCGGAGGAAUCAAGGGAUUGGCUGCGUUGAAGGAGUUUAAGCACAAGACAGCUGUGAAUCAGUUCACUUAUGCAAACGAUCCAGCUAAGAUUGCCGAGUUGACUAGUUCUGGAAACUGGGAAGUGACCACCAAGGAUUUGGGAUUCGCUCCACUUGAUCAAAUUGGUUUUGUUCUUAUUAACGCUGUUAUUUAA